AUGGACCGGUCCAGCGGGCCCAAGAGCAUCUUCCCAAAGGGCCCCAACUUCACCCUCGACGACUUCUCCAACAAGGACUUCAUAGUCAGAGACUUUGUUGAUAGUCUUGCCGAGAGUGCUAUGCCCUCUGGCCGUCGCUCGGGGCCGUCUCAAUCCACCACUUUUGACCCGAAGCCGCUGAUCAGAAGCUUUGAGAAUGCCUUAUCUCAGCUUGCCGUCCUUGGAGAUGAGCUCCAGGAGAAGGAAUCCGAGCUCCUUUCGCAGGUGCGCCGGGCCGAAAUCCAACACGACCAGACGCUCGAUACCCUCGGCCGCAAGCUCGACGAAACCAUGGAGUCGUUUGAGGCCCUAGACAUUUCAUUAAAUCCUAAUAGCACAAAUGGCAACGACGCCAACGCAAAGCCCGAUACUGGCGGGAACAUUGCCGUACAGAUUGGAGAGAAGUUGGACGACUUGGACAAGAAGAGGAGACGAGCACAGGACACCAUCUUCUUGAUAAGUUGCUGGACAGAACUCAGCGAAACUGGGCUGUUAUCGUCCCUUGAAGAUAUCCGACGGCAAGGAGGCGCAGAGAACAAGGUGCGAUGUGCCGUCAUUGCCCGUCAAUUGAUGAGAAUCAGCCAGCAGCUUGACCCGCUGGCAUGGGGAACACGGAAUGGCAACAGGGCCAGUAUAGCCAGUUUCGUCACGUUGACAAACAGAGCGCGCAAUACGCGAGAAAUCCUGGAGAAGUUCUGCGAGACGCUUGAGCAGGAUCUAUUGCAGCAGUUCAACAAUAGCUACAGGCGGCAGAAUUUUAACGACAUGAUGGAAUGCGCAAAGGUGCUAUACGAUUUCAACGGAGGCGCCAGUGUCAUUGCGGUUUUUGUAAAUCAGCAUCAGUUCUUCAUUGACCGGGACCAGUUAAUGAGCGACGAAAUGGCAGCCGAUGGCGAAAUGUGGGAGGCUUUGGCCGACCCGGACGUGGAGCCGCCGGGCAUCGAACCGAGUCUGCAAUCCCUCAUUGACGAGGUCAAGAUUGUCAUGCAAGAGGAAUCGUUCAUUAUCAAGCGAGCAUUCCCUUAUUACGAGACGGUGCUCAUCAAGUUCAUUCAGCGCGUCUUCCAGCAGUCUAUACAGCAGCGGCUCGAGAAGGUCCUCGACAAAGCCGAAUCGGUGUCCACCCUGGCGUUCCUCAGAUCCCUCCACUCAUCGAGGAGUUAUAUCGGCUCCUUAGUAGAAGACUUGAAGAUGCACGGCUUGACCGAACACCCAGAGCCUUGCUCUGCGCAGAUUGCACAGGCCUUGGAUCAGCAGCUGGACGAGCUCUUCGUCCCCUUUCUUGUGGGAAGCGUCUACAUCGAGCGGGAGAAGAAGAGCUUGGAAGAAUUAUACGGCUCCUUGCUCUUCAAGUUUAGUAUAUUUCACUCAAGGCGAAAGAAGGCGCCAUCUUCUGGGUUCAUGGCCUCCUUGGCCCAGCAAGGCGCGCAGGUGGUCCAAUCUGCCAAAGACGCCUAUCUUGAACGUCUGGAGUCGUCAGAGCUGUCGGCCACGCAAAAGGCCAUGAUGCUGCGAGUCGCCGGCCUGUCAGACAAGGGCGACAACAAAAAUGAGAUUGAGGUGGCAGAUGAAGACGGAAUACUAGGGGUAGCCAACGCAAAGAGGAUGCUAAAAUGGUUGGCGGAGAGUGUCCAGAGAGUACUCGAGCUUGGGUCUCAGAUCGAUACACCGAAGGACGUCAACAUAUUGCUCAACCUGCUCCUCACACACAUGGGUCAGGUUUACAUCGACACCGCUCUUGAGGCAGCACAUUCUCAGGCCACCAUUCUGGAGAACACAAAGACCGAGCCAGACAUGUCGUAUCUACCGCCAAUUCGACCGGGCGUGACGAUAUCGGGCCUCAUGGAACGAUUCAUCAGCACGGUCCUCAUUCGACUCGCCGAGUCCAACACGACUGUGCGCAAGAGCAUGGAGGCGCAGAAGAAGAUGGCCAUUGACACCAUUGAAAAGAAGACAAACGCCGUUAUAAAAAUAUCCAUCGACGUUGUUGUGAACUGGGUCAUCAAGUCGCUGGGCACACAAAAGAAGCAGGACUUUAGGCCCAAGGACGGCGAACUGGAGUCUCUCCAAACCGCCACGUGCCUGCACAUCUGCCAGUUCCUCGCGCGGGCGAGCCAACUCGCCAGCCAGGCCAUUGACGGGCACAACGCGGAAAAGUUCUUUAGCGAGCUGGGCCUCGUGCUUCACUCGCACCUGUUUGACCACUUCAAGCGGUUCCAGGUCAACGCCACGGGCGGCCUGAUGGUGACGCAGGACAUUGCAAAGUACGUGGCGACGCUGCGGGCGUGGCCGCUGGCCAAGGACGUGGAGACGGCGAUUGAGAUGCUUACGGAGAUUGGGUCGCUCUUCAUCGUCGGCCCGGAGGCGCUGAGGGAGAAGGUGAGGACGCUGGCGCCCGGGUCGAACUCGGUCAGGGGGAAGCUGUCAAAGGCGGAUUUCAAGGCGUUUGUGGAGAAGCGGGACGAUUCGGGGUCUGUGGGCAUACGGGGUAUUUUGAGCGGUUUAUAA